AUGGCGACGUCCGCGCCGAGGGUGGGAGUCCGUGCUUCCGGGUGUGUCUGCAGCUCGGGGGUGCUGUGGGAUGGGGUGUGGCUCCGAGACGGCGGCAGCGUGGCACGUGAUGUGUGUGUCCUUGUCUGUUGCGUCUGUGUCUGUGACAAACAGGUUCCAGGCCUAGCGCUGCACUUCCGGCUGCGCGUCCUUGGGCAGAGGCCUCAGUUUCCUGGCCUGUGCGGUGGGCACGGGGUUAGUACCAGCCUCCUCGGGCUGUCCCGCCACCUCCUCCACCUCCCUUCCAUCCUCGCCAAGAUGCCUGCCCCCGGCGCCUUCAUCGUCCUAGCGGCCGUCUCCGCCUCCGGCUGCCUGGCGUCCCCGGCCCAUCCCGAUGGAUUCGCCAUGGGCCGGGCCCCUCUGGCUCCCCCGUACGCUGUGGUCCUCAUUUCCUGCUCCGGCCUCCUGGCCUUCAUCUUUGUCCUCCUCACCUGCCUGUGCUGCAAACGGGGUGAUGUCGGCUUCAAGGAAUUUGAGAACCCUGAAGGGGAGGACUGCUCAGGUGAAUACACUCCUCCAGCCGAGGAGACCUCCUCCUCGCAGUCUCUGCCUGAUGUCUACAUUCUCCCGCUGGCUGAGGUCUCCCUGCCCAUGCCUGCCCCACAGCCCUCACGUUCAGACAUGACCACCCCCCUGGGCCUUAGCCGCCAGCAUCUCAGCUACUUGCAAGAGAUUGGGAGCGGCUGGUUUGGGAAGGUAAUCCUUGGGGAAAUCUUCUCCGACUACACCCCAGCCCAGGUGGUGGUGAAGGAGCUCCGAGCCAGCGCCGGGCCCCUGGAGCAGCGCAAGUUCAUCUCGGAGGCCCAGCCUUACAGAAGCCUGCAGCACCCCAACAUUCUCCAGUGCCUGGGCCUGUGUGUGGAGACCCUGCCCUUUCUCCUGAUCAUGGAGUUCUGCCAGCUGGGGGACCUGAAGCGUUAUCUGCGGGCCCAGCGGCCCCCCGAGGGCCUGUCCCCUGAGCUCCCCCCUCGAGACCUGCGGACACUGCAGAGGAUGGGGCUGGAGAUCGCUCGCGGUCUCGCGCACCUGCACUCCCACAACUACGUGCACAGCGACCUGGCCCUUCGCAACUGCCUGCUGACCUCCGACCUGACCGUGCGCAUCGGAGACUACGGGCUCGCCCACAGCAACUACAAGGAGGACUACUACCUGACCCCGGAGCGUCUGUGGAUCCCGCUGCGCUGGGCGGCGCCUGAACUCCUCGGAGAGCUGCAGGGAACCUUUAUGGUCGUGGACCAGAGCCGAGAGAGCAACGUCUGGUCCUUGGGGGUGACCCUCUGGGAACUGUUUGAGUUUGGGGCGCAGCCCUACCGCCACCUGUCGGACGAGGAGGUCCUUGCCUUUGUCGUCCGCCAGCAGCACGUCAAGCUCGCGCGGCCCCGGCUCAAGCUGCCCUACGCCGAUUACUGGUAUGACAUCCUGCAGUCCUGUUGGCGGCCACCCGCCCAGCGCCCCUCAGCCUCUGACCUCCAGCUGCAGCUCACCUACUCUGCGCCCCCGGCGCCCCACGCCAACCCCUCGAACCCUUUCUACGAGGCCCUGUCCACGCCCAGCGUGCUGCCCGUCAUCAGCGCGCGAAGCCCCUCGGUGGGCAGCGAGUACUACAUCCGGCUGGAGGAGCACGGCUCCCCGCCCGAACCCCUGUUCCCCAACGACUGGGACCCCCUGGACCCAGGAGUGCCCGCCCCCCAGCCCCCUCAGGCUCCCUCCGAGGUCCCCCAGCUGGUGUCCGAGACCUGGGCCUCGCCCCUCUUCCCGGCGCCCCGGUCCUUCCCGGCCCAGGCCUCGGCCUCAGGCGGCUUCCUUCUGAGUGGCUGGGACCCCGAGGGCCGGGGCGCCGGGGAGACCCUGGCUGGGGACCCCGCCGAGGUGCUGGGGGAGCGGGGGACCACCCCAUGGGCCGAGGAGGAAGAGGAGGAGGAGGAAGGAAGCUCCCCGGAAGACAGCAGCAGCCUUGGGGGUGGGCCCAGCCGCCGGGGUCCCCUCCCCUGUCCCCUUUGCAGCCGGGAGGGGGCCUGCUCCUGUCUGCCGCUGGAGCGGGGCGACGCCGUGGCUGGCUGGGGGGGCCACCCCGCUCUCGGCUGUCCCCACCCCCCUGAGGAUGGCGUUUUUCUACGAGCAGAGCGAGGCUCCCUGGCCGACCUGCCCCUGGCCCCCCCUGCCUCGGCCCCCCCCGAGUUUCUGGACCCCCUCAUGGGGGCAGCAGCCCCCCAGUACCCCGGGCGGGGGCCACCACCCGCUCCCCCCCCCCCGCCGCCACCUCCCCGGGCCUCCGUGGACCCGGCCGCGUCCCCCGACCCCCCGUCGGCCGUGGCCAGUCCCGGCUCAGGCCUGUCCUCUCCGGGCCCCAAGCCGGGGGACAGUGGCUACGAGACCGAGACCCCUUUUUCCCCCGAGGGAGCCUUCCCGGGCGGGGGGGCAGCCGAGGAGGAAGGGGUCCCUCGGCCACGGGCUCCCCCCGAGCCCCCCGACCCAGGAGCGCCCCGGCCACCCCCAGACCCGGGUCCCCACGCACUCCUGGGGACCCGGGAGAAACCUGCCUUCAUGGUUCAAGUGAGCACCGAGCAACUGCUGAAGUCCCUGCGGGAGGACGUGACAAGGAACCUCCUGGGGGAGAAGGGGGCAGCCCCCCGGGAGCCGGGGCCCCGGAAGGCGGGGAGAAGCCCCGCGAACAGAGAAUCGGCCCCGGGCCUGACAGUCCCGGGCAACGGCCAGAAAGCCCCGAGCCCGAACGAGGACCCGAGCCCGCCCGUGAACGGGGUGACAGUGCUGCAGAACGGGGGGCCGAGAGCCGCAGGCCUCGAGGAGACAGUGGUGGAGAACGGGGGGCCGAGGGCCCCCGAGAGAGAAGAGAAAGUGCUGGCGAAUGGGGAGCUGACACCCCCAAAGAGGGAGGACAAGGUGUUGGAGAAUGGGGAGCCGAGGCUGCCAGAGGCCAUGGAGAAAGUGCUGGUGAAUGGGGGGCUGACACCCCCAAAGAGCGAGGAGAAGGGGCCAGAGAAUGGGGCGCUGAGCCUCCCCAGGAAGGAAGAGAGGCCCCCAGAGACUGGGCCUUGGAGAGCCCCAGGGCCCUGGGAGAAGAUGGCCGAGAGUGGGGACCCAGCCCCCACGAUCGGGGAACCAGCCUCAGAGACCUCGCUGGGGACAGCCCCCAAGCCCAGCACGGCAGCAGCCCCCCCCAGGAACGGCCGGGAGACGGCCCCCGGCCCACCUGGCCCAGCCCCCAGGAGCGAGGCGCCGGACCCCGGGACCCAGAGGAGAGCCCCCGAGACUGGGGGGGUGCUGAGAGCCCCCGGGGCUGGGAGGCUGGACCACGGGAGUGGGGGCCGAGCCCCGGGGGACAUGGGGACGGCCCCCGGAGGCGGCCUCGGAAGCGGCGUGGACGCAAGGGCCGGAUGGGCAGACAGCACGAGGCCGCCGCCGCAGCAGCCGCCCCCGCCCCCGCCCCCGGAGGUGCAGCCGAGGAGGCCGGAGCCAGCGCCCCCGAGAGCCAGGCCGGAGGCGGCCCCCGAGGGAGACUCCAGGGCCCCAGACAGCCGAGUCGGCGGAGACACGGCACCCAGCGGAGACGGGGACCCCCCCAAGGCCGAGAGGAAGGGCCCCGAGAUGCCGCGACUGUUCUUGGACUUGGGACCCCCCCAGGGGAACAGCGAGCAGAUCAAAGCCAAGCUCUCCCGGCUCUCGCUGGCGCUGCCGCCGCUCACGCUCACGCCGUUCCCGGGGCCCGGCCCGCGGCGGCCCCCGGCGCGGGCAGCCCCGGUGCCCGUCGUGGUGAGCAGCGCCGACGCGGACGCGGCCCGCCCGCUGCGGGGGCUGCUCAAGUCGCCGCGCGGGGCCGACGAGCCCGAGGACAGCGAGCUGGAGAGGAAGCGCAAGAUGGUCUCCUUCCACGGGGACGUGACCGUCUACCUCUUCGACCAGGAGACGCCAACCAACGAGUUGAGCGUUCAGGGGCCCCCCGAGGGGGACACGGACCCGUCAACGCCCCCAGCGCCCCCGACGCCUCCCCACCCCAGCACCCCCGGAGAUGGAUUUCCCAGCAACGACAGCGGCUUUGGAGGCAGUUUCGAGUGGGCGGAGGAUUUCCCCCUCCUCCCCCCGCCAGGCCCCCCCCUGUGCUUCUCCCGCUUCUCCGUCUCGCCUGCGCUGGAGACCCCGGGGCCCCCCGCCCGGGCCCCCGACGCCCGGCCCGCAGAGGAUCACAUCACCCGCAUUUUCUCGCUGUGCCACAAGCCAGAGAAGCGACCGCUCAGCGGGUCUCCGCCCCGUGGAGAACUGACUCCCCGAAGACCCGACCCCCCAGCACCCCCAGAAGAGGGGUUGAGCGUAGAAACCUCUGUGGACCACGGAGCCACUGCCACCACCGCAGACGCCGCCUCCGGGGAGGCCCCCGAGGCGGGGCCCUCCCCUCCCCCCACCGUGUGCCAAAUGGGAGGCCCCGGGCCUCCGCCCCCCAGCCCCCCAGACGGAUCCCCUGAGCCUCCCGACCCCCUCGGUGCCAAAUGA